GAAACAAAUGACAUUCCACCACAAGCGUGUACCAAUCUCUCCCGCUCUCUCUCUCUCUCUCUCCCCUCUUGCUUUUCUGUCUCUCUCUGUGUUCUCACAAACACCGAGGAUGGCGGAUCCUGAUUUGGCGUCUCCGCUGAUCCAGCGUGAAACGUCCGAUCAGCAAGAGGUCGUUAUCUCAAUCGAUGACGACGGCGAUGACUCAGGAGUUAAUGAUCUUCCCUCCGUUGGAAUUGAAAACCCCCUUGGUGAGAAUCGGGGCCCUCGUGUCCCACGUGGCCUUGAAUUUGACCACCUUGACCCGAGUAAUCCUUUCGGGUUUCUCAGCGAGGCCGAGCCUCCGGUUCUCGGUCCGACGACGGUGGAUCCAUUCCGGAACGACACGCCCGGAGUUUGCGGACUCUACGAAGCGAUUAAGAUCGUGAUUUGCCUCCCGAUUGCUUUGGUUAGACUUGUUCUGUUUGGGGCUAGCUUAGCCGUUGGUUACUUGGCUACGAAGCUGGCUCUUGCUGGCUGGAAAGAUAAACACAACCCUAUGCCUCAGUGGAGAUGCAGAAUCAUGUGGAUUACUCGGAUCUGUACCAGAUGCAUCCUCUUCUCUUUUGGUUACCAGUGGAUACGAAGGAAAGGGAAACCUGCUCGGAGGGAGCUUGCUCCGAUCGUUGUAUCAAACCAUGUAUCUUAUAUUGAGCCCAUCUUCUACUUCUAUGAGUUAUCACCCACCAUUGUUGCAUCGGAGUCGCAUGAUUCACUUCCAUUUGUUGGAACUAUUAUCAGGGCAAUGCAGGUGAUAUAUGUUAAUAGAUUCUCACAGGCAUCAAGGAAAAUGGCUGUACAUGAAAUAAAGAGAAAAGCUUCCUGCGAUAGGUUUCCCCGCCUGCUGUUGUUCCCGGAAGGAACCACGACUAAUGGCAAAGUUCUUAUUUCCUUCCAACUCGGCGCUUUCAUCCCUGGUUACCCGAUUCAACCUGUAGUUGUUCGUUAUCCCCAUGUACAUUUCGAUCAAUCCUGGGGAAAUAUUUCUUUGUUGAUGCUCAUGUUUAGAAUGUUCACCCAGUUUCACAAUUUCAUGGAGGUGGAGUACCUUCCAGUAAUAUAUCCCAAUGAAAAUCAAAAGCUGAAUGCUGUGCGUCUCUCCCAGAAGACGAGUCAUGCAAUUGCAACAUCUUUGAAUGUCGUCCAAACAUCACAUUCUUAUGGGGACUUGAUGCUACUCAACAGAGCAUCUGAGUUAAAGCUGGAGAACCCCUCUAACUACAUGGUUGAAAUGGCGAGGGUUGACUCGCUAUUCCAUGUAAGCAGCUUAGAGGCAGUGCGGUUUUUGGAUACAUUUUCUUCCAUGAAUCCAGACGCGAGUGGACGCGUUACGCUACACGACUUUCUUCGGGGACAUAGACUGAAGCUUUGCAGUCUCUCUACAGGGAUAUUCGGGUUCAUUGAUGUGGAGAAGGCCGGAUCAAUCACUUUCAGACAGUUCUUGUUUGCCUCGGCUCAUGUAUCGGCACAGCCACUUUUUCAGCAAACAUGCGAGCGAUCAUUUUCACAUUGUGACGCAGAUGGAGAUGGCUAUAUCUCCAUUCAAGAACUUGGAGACGCGCUGAAACACAGAAUCCCAAACUUGAACAAGGACGAGAUUCAAGGGAUGUACAUUUCGCUAGACGAAGACAAAGAUCAAAGAAUAAGCAAGAACGACUUCUUGUCCUGCUUAAGAAAAAACCCUCUUCUUAUAGCUAUCUUCGCGCCUAACUUUGCUCCAACGUAACACAGACAGAUCAAAAAAAAUUGGGCUGGUUCCGAUCGGUGCGAUGAUUUAGUCUUGUCUUUGUGGUACUAUUAUAUAUAUACCUUUGUUUUUGUCUUCUUUAUCUCUUUUUCAGAUAGUAAAAAGAAUGCCAAAAGAAAGGGGCUGCUAAGUUUUUGGCCUAUCCCCCUCCUCCUCCAUGGACCCAUCCAAUGAGUUUUGGACUAUAACUGCUUGCCGUUUUCUGCCCCAAAAAAAAACGCUUUGGUGUUUGCUCCUCUAGUUCUGAGCAAACUCUACUGUCUUUGUUUCCCUUUUAUUUAUUUUUUGUCAUUUUUGGGGUUACAUAUGUAUUAUCCAAAUUUCGAUUGUAUGAGUGGAUAUUUAUUUUUUGAAUUAUUUUACCGAAAGUCUCCCCUUAAUAAUCUAAAACUAUUAGUGUAAUUUUUUCGACAUCUGAAAUCCGAUUAAUAAUUAUAUAA